AUGGAAACCAGGCGCGUAAAUGAACUCGUGAACUUGGAAGUAGGAUCACCGCUAGGUAGAACUGAUCAAGCGACCAUUCGAUACAGUUAUGUCUAUCGUCUACGCUCUCCGAGGCUAGAACCCAGGCGAUGCUACAGUGAAUUAGACACUAAGGGUCUCCUCUUGGCCGCGUCACAGCUCCAAUGGCCGGAGGAAGCGAAAGAUGUCCACGAGUCUUGGGACCGAAUUAAAACGAACCUCAUCUCGUUGGCCGACGCCUUUGUACUGUUGCGAUCGCAUGGUAGACCGGAUAAGCCACGGUGGUGGUCUCGACGGUUAGCUAAAUUACUGGGUAGAAAGCGGGCAGCCUGGAGGAGGUUCACCACCACUAACGGCCACUCGAGAUACCUUCAGUACUUGCAGGAGCGCAAGACCUACGACAGGGCCCAUUCCGAUUCAAAGAAACGCUAUGAGCUCACACUGGCAAAAAAGAGUAAGAUGUACCCGAAAGCAUAUUACGGUUAUGUACAGUCGAAGGUGGCCACUAGUGAAGUUAUCGGAUGCAUCCGCGAAGCCGGUGGCAACCCAACGCCCACUAGCUUAGAAAAGGCUUCCGCUCUACAUCAUCAUUUCAAAGAGUCGUAUACUAUGGGCAUGGUAAAUACAUUGCCGGCACACAGUAUCACGACGGAGUGCCCUUUGGAUAAACUCCUAAUCGAGCCACAGGAAGUCGAAAAGAAUAUUGAAGCGUUAGACAGCGUUGAGCUACGGCUCAAAUGCAGCCGACAACGUGCUACCUGGGUCCGCUUACAAAUCAAAAGAAGAAAGAUUCUUGUCUUGGUGCGAGUUCGAACUGCAAUUCUGGAUGGACAUGCUUGA